GUGGGCGAAAGUGAGUGAGCGGAGAGAGAAUGAUCACACGGCGCUCGUUCGCACAGACGAUCCGGGUCAAAGCCCACCCGACGCACUGAAGCACUCACAACGACAGACCGCUCCGUCAUACGCCCAGUGAUUCGCCUCGCCAGACAUCGCUCCACAGCCACCGUCACGACACGGCGGCAUCGUCGCCACGACUUUUCUCAGCCCGAGAUGGCUGGCGCUACCGAGACCAGAUCACUCUGGUACUCACCAAAGCCCCCCGCUGACCCCGAGAAGGCUUCGUCGACCACGCAACUGCCGAUGCAUUCGAGCCAAAGACGAAGCAGACCUGACCACUGGAUAUCGAAUGAGACGGGACAGACCACGCCAGUGCAUAAAGGCCAUGUUCACCACUUGCACUUCAAGGAACGGAUUCGGCAUUUCACCUGGACAUGGUUCACAAUGACAAUGGCCACCGGCGGCGUCGCCAACGUCCUCUACUAUGUACCUUAUCGGUUCAACGGCAUCUACGCAAUCGGCGUGUUCUUCUUCCUCUUGAACAUCGUACUGUUCAUCUUCAACGUGGCCAUGAUCUCCCUCCGCUUCUACUUCUACCCAUCGACCUUUUUGCAUUCGAUACUGCAUCCAACCGAGAGCCUUUUCAUACCCGCAAGUGUGAUCAGCAUCGGUACAAUCUUGAUGAACAUCUCUCAAUACGGCUUGACCAAAGGAAGCACAGGAGAGUGGCUGCUGUCGACCAUGGUGAUAUUGUUCUGGGUCUAUUGCGUUCUGGCAGUUGUCUUUAGUUGUGGCAUCUACCUGAUCCUUUGGUCGACUCAAACUUUCACCAUCUCUCAAAUGACACCGAUAUGGAUCUUUCCGUGUUACCCACUGCUGGUCAUCGGUCCACACGCCGGUGCACUGGCGGCAGCCCUCACCCAUCGGCCGCUCGAGGCGCUCAGCAUCAUCGUGGGGGGAUUCGUGUUCCAAGGCAUCGGGUUUCUCCUCUCCCUCAUGAUCUACGCGGCCUUCAUCUACCGUCUGAUGACCGAGAAGUUACCGCAGGAGAAUCUCCGUCCGGGCAUGUUUGUGUCGGUCGGUCCUUCCGGGUUCACAAUUGCUGGAAUCGUGACAAUGGGACAGACGCUGCCCCGAGUCGUGCCUCCGGACUUCAUGGGCAACGGCGAGUUGGCCGGCGAGGUGUCGAAGAUUGUCUCCAUCUGGGUUGGCCUCUGGUUGUGGGGACUUGCCAUCUGGUUCUUCCUCGUCUCGGUCGGUGCUCACUGGUCGUGCGUACGCAAAGGCACGCUGGGAUUCGCCAUGACUUUCUACUCCUACGUGUUUCCAAACACUGCGCUCACCACCGCGACAUUUGCGAUCGCAAACGCCUUGUCGAACCGAGGGAUCAGCAUCGUCGGUUGCAUCAUGAGCAUCAUCGUGGUCCUCACGUGGAUCACCGUCUUCACCAUGAUGAUUCGAGCGGUCAUCGUCAAAGACAUAUUGUGGCCGCAGAAGCAGGAGGAUCGUGAGGAAGGCGGCUGGAAGGAUGGCAGCGCAGAAACGUUGCCUUCUGCCGGGCAACGUAGCUCACCUCUUGAUGAGGGAAAUCUGCGACUGCGAGUCAACCAGGCAGUUCUUCCUGAGAUUAUUCGCAGUAAGGCGGAUCACGACAACGACAUUGACGAACAAGCCGAGACUGUACACGACGUACCACUCGGAGCCGCAACGCCAGAGACGAAUCCUACGAAGCGAUCUGACGGCAGCAUGGUAUGA